UUUCCUAAGAUUUCUCCAGUUGUCAACGUGCUCAUUUCGAUUCUGGCCAAAACAUGAAUGGCCCAUCAAAAUACUAAUUGACUUUUUAUUAAAUUUUAUAGUUUAUAAUAGUUUAACCCAAAGAUACAGCUACAGAAGAUGAGUGUUAAAAAGGCGUCGACGUCGAAAGCGCCUGAGUCCGAUCCCAAUGAGCAAAUUAUUCUCUCAAUUGCUGCAGCAGCAGGAACAAAGGGAUGCUUUGACGAAGACAUAGUUAAAACUUUACCUAAUCUACCAGGAGAGCAGAGGGUUGCGUGCAUCAAUAGGCUCAUUGCAAAAAGGUUACUCGAUGUGUAUCAAAUAGGAAAUAAAAUCGCUUAUAAAGCCAGGACUCCAGACAGUGACCCAGCAGAUCUCAAAGGCGCCGACAAUGAAGAGAAAAUCGUUUACGAAAUUGUCAAAGAAGCCGGUAACAAAGGGAUCUGGAUGAGGGAUAUCAGAUUGAAAUCUAAUCUACAGCCGACUGUUUUAAACAAAAUCCUGAAAAGUUUAGAAAACAAAAAGAUUAUUAAGGCAGUUAAAUCUGUUACUGCUUAUAAGAAAAAAGUUUAUAUGUUAUUUGAGUUAGAGCCAGAUAGCACUUUAACGGGUGGCUCUUGGUAUAGCGAUCAAGAUUUUGAGUCUGAAUUUGUUGAUGUUUUAAACCAACAAUGUUACAGGUAUUUGAUAGAAAUAAAACAAAAAUAUGAAAUGGACCCGUCAAAUGUGAAAAAAGGACCUGUUGCCUUUUACAACCAGAUUUCAGUUCAUCCAAAGCAAGUGUGUAAAUUUAUUUCUGAUCUCGGAAUUAGCAAGAUACCUUUAUCUGAAGAGGAUAUAAAAACCAUUUUAGAUACGUUGUUGUAUGAUGGUAAAGUUGAAAGGCGAGUCACGUUAAAUGGUGAUUACACAUAUAGAGCUGUUAAUUCAAUUGUCGAUUCUCCUGGUCUUGUCUCUUUACCUUGUGGAGUUUGCCCUGUAAUAAAGGAGUGCAAUGACAACGGAGUCGUUUCCCCAUUUAUGUGUCCAUAUUUAACGACCUGGGGUAAAAAGUCUCUUGUGAAAAUGCAAGCUCCCGAAGAUUUUUAACUUUUUUAAAUUUGUACAUAAAUUUUAUAAACGUUAUGUAAAUAAAGCUGAAUUUAUUAUUUUA